AUUCAAAAGCUGUAGUUUAGAAUGCUGCUGUUACGUUUCCAAUUUAAACUCGUACCUAGAUAUAGUUUAAUAAAAUGGUUCAUGCAAGCGUGGUCCUCAAAAGAAUCAAAUUGGGUCACAGUCAAAACAAACAAUGGCCACAAAUUGUUGCAUCUGGCGCAAUUUCAUGGUAUGCAUUCCUCAUCGGUGUUCAGUCAAGUUGGAUGUCCCCAUCGGUGCCAAAAUUAAUUUCAGCCGAUUCUUACAUCCCCAUGACGUUUGAGGAGACUGCCUACUUUGCGAUCUUCCAGUCAGCGGCAAUGAUCGUCUUCAGUUUUGUUGGAGCGUCGAUCGGUGAUAUCAUGGGACGAAAACGGACCUGUUAUCUCGUCUCACUAUUACAGCUGGCAUCGUGGCUUUCGGUCGGUUUUGCCCGAAACGUCUACGUGCUUCACGUUUCCAGAAUCCUUACCGGGAUAACCGAUGCAUUUUUUCUCUUCUCGACCCCGUACUACAUCUCGGAAACAACUGAGAAGCACAUAAGAGGUCGCAUGGGGAUCUUGAUAACCUUGUCUUUCUCCGUUGGAGUUCUUUUCAUAAACGUCGUCGGUUAUUACUUGAGUAUACCAUCGGCUGCAUUCGUCAUGGCAGCUGUGACCAUACUCCAUUUUUCCAUUUUCAUUUUCAUGCCCGAAUCUCCUUACUGGUUGGUCCAAAGGAAUCGUUCGGAUGAAGCUCGACAACAACUGCAAUUGUUGCGAUGGAGAGAAGAUGUCGAUAAGGAGUUCGCCGAAAUUUCGGAAGCUGUGCGGAAACAGUCGGUCGUCAAGGGUUCUUACAAGGAGUUGUUCAUGGACGAGUGUAACAGGAAGGCUCUUAUAAUAACACUGGCGACCAGGGUGGCACAACAGUCGUCCGGAUAUUCGGCUGUCAACAAUUUCCUUCAAUUGAUAUUUGCACAAGCCGGAGGUGGUAUUGAAAGACACGUUUCGGCCUCCAUUUGCGCACUAGUAUCAGGUGCAACUUGUCUUGGCGUAACGUUGAUUAUCGAUAGAUACGGACGUAGGCCUCUGAUACUAAUAUCAAGUGGCUUGACUUCGACCAUUUUAUUUGCUAUAUCUCUAUUGUUUUACUUUAAAUUCUCGUAUAAUGUUCACAUAGCCGAUUGGCUACCCCUGCUGUUCAUGAUAACGUACAUAAUAACUCAAUCCAUGGGUCUCGCCAUGAUACCUAGUCUUACAAUGGGUGAGCUAUUUUCUGCCCAUGUGAAAUGCAAAGCGGGUUUGAUCAUUAAUGUGACGCACGGUUCUAUGAAAAUUUUUACGGCGAAAACGUUUCAAGUGAUGGUAGACAACGUUGGGCUUUAUUCUCCUUUUUUGGUUUUUGGAAGCACGUGUUUAGUUUUCACCCUUAUACUUUACUGUAUCUUUGUCGAAACCAAAAAUAAAACUUUAGACGAAAUACAAAUCAUUUUAAGACAUGACCAUUAGGGUUGUAACCAAUAGGACUGUGGCAUUUUAAUGAACUGUGAUGUUGCUGUAAUAUUGUUAUUAUACUAUUUUCUCUUUUUUAAUAAAUGAUUUGAAGCAAAAUCCAAAGUGUUACCACGUAACGCAGAAUAGAAUCGUUUCUAAACAUGUCUCACAUCAAAUGACACCGAAUAAGUGAUGAAAAAAAUUUGUCCUUGCCUUACAGUCAUAAUCUUGGUCCUGCGGACAAGCAGGACCAUCAUAUUUUUCGCAGGACUAGACUAUGACCGCAGGACCAAGAUCAAUACUAUCAUUAUACAAGCUAGGAUAAAACCAAGAGCCAAUGAACAAGGUCAAAACCAAAACCAA